AUGGCUGCAUCUGAUGAGUUUCUAUGUGUAACUUGUCAAACAAGUUAUGGGUUUAAUUCUAUUGAACAACGUGGACUUAUUAUUCUGAUUAUUCUUGUACUUAUUGUACUUGUAGUAUGUUAUGCAAGUGUAUUAUGGUUCGGGAUUCGUACACGAUUUCAACCAACGAUAGAAUCGAAUGUUAUGACUAAUAAUCUUGUACAUAACAACCGAGCAUAUUUUUAUGAUUAUGAUGAUGAUGAAUUUAUACAACCUGUAAACAAUACAAAUAGGUCACCACCAUCACCACCGACAACAACAACAACAACAGAACAUCUUCUUAUUGAUAUAGAUAAUUAA